AUCUUCUCGUCCUUACAGAGGCGCAACGACUUCGACCUUCCGAUUCAUCUGGUUUCCUGCAGAUCUCAGUCCUGCUAUCAUCGCUCAACCAGAAAGUGUGGCCAUACCCCCGCUGCGCCCCAUCGCGAACGCUCUUUCCGCCAAACACGGAGCUUGACAGAUUGAUCGACAGAGCUUGAAAUUCUACAGAGUCGCAACCAUGGCGCCCGAAAGAGCUGGCAAGAGUGUUUUCCUGGGGAAUAUCCCCUAUAACCUCACCGAGGAACAGGUCAAGGACAUCCUCAGCACCGCCGGCACAGUCACCAAAUUCCGCCUGAUGAUGAACCCCGAGACAGGCAAACCAAAGGGAUAUGGCUUUGCAGACUUCGCCGACGCCGACGCAGCCGCCUCCGCCGUUCGAAACCUGAACGAUUACGAGAUCAUGGGCCGGAAGAUUCGUGUCGAUUGGCCCCAUAACAAUGAAAAAGACUCGAUCCCUCCGGAUUAUUCACAGACAGGCCAAAUGCCCGGGCAGCCGGAUAGACAACUAGGAGGUCAACAGCAGGCGGCUCCGUUGCCUCCACUGCCCCCCGGUGUGGAACUGCCCCCGCAUCUCGAUUGUCCGAACGCGAUCUCUCAAACCCUAUCCUCUCUUCCUCCCAAUCAGCUACUAGAGGUGCUUUCUCAGAUGAAGCAGUUGGCCACCGUUGAGCCUGCGCGAGCCGCCGAGCUCUUGCGAACGGCUCCCCAACUAGCAUACGCAAUUUUCCAAGCGCUGCUUCUGAUGAAUCUGGUGGACUACAACACACUCGGCUCGGUUGUGGAGCAAGCCGCGCAGCCUGCUGCAGCCGCUCCUCCUGCCGCAGCGCAGGCUUUCCAGCCUUUCUCCGCAGUACCUGGCCAAAUCUCCACCCCUCCGAUGGCUAAUACGCCUUUCAACCCCCAGCCGGUACCGCAAGCGGCACCGCCACAGCAGGUCCCUGGCCAGGACGAGCUGCUACAGCAAGUGCUCUCCAUGCCCCAGUCGGCCAUCGAUGAACUCCCCCCAAUGGAACGGACCCAGAUUAUGCUGCUGCGACAGCAGCUGAUGCAAGGCGGAAUGCGAUAAAUGAGCCUAAAUGAGGAGGCGUUUUGAUGUUCUUUGAUUCAUUUUCUUGGAUAAUCGACUUUUUUGAUCAGCAGAUGGGAUGGCGCACAUGGUUCACUUUCAAUUGUUACUCGGAUGUAUACUUAGAUACGUGGAAGAUAUCCCAUAUUUGGUUUUUCCUUUCAGCAAUGAUGACGUGGUCAUACAGAGUAUCGAAUUUAGCUCUAGUCUUUUCGAUGCAGUCUGGCUCUACAUUCCUUCGGCUAGAUUUAUCGUAGUCAUUUGCAGUAGAGAAAUAUUGGGUGUCCUAUGAACUGGGGUGGCCAACUCGAGGCUUCGGAAAAUAUGUCACCAAAAUGAAAGUCCCAGAAUAUUCCUCCACGUUUCGUUUCAUAGAUAGUCAAUGUAAAGGGAAGGAAAUGGAAAAGAAAGAACCUGAAAGUCAAGACAGUGCUACUGGUAUGCCAUUCGUUUCUGGGUAUUCGGCGAAGUUCUCGCCGAACCUCAGGCAUCAAUGUAAACCCAUAAUGUACAGUGAGACUACCCUCAAGAAUUUGGGUCAAUUGGUAGGCUACAGAGAACAUUCUUUAUCUAUCGAGCCAUAGACAGACUUCCUUCUGCUGGGUUGGUCAAGAAGGACAGGAAAGCUAGUGUAAUAAGGACCAUUCAUUGUUAGGCUUCCAUGUCUUUGCAUGAAUACUAUGUCAACUACAUGAAAUAUGCUAUGAGAGCAUGUAAAAGAAUAGUCCGGAGCUUUGAUUCCAGUAGCAGGCAAAUCAAAAAGCUUAUGCCGGGCUUCAUUUCCCGUUUGUAGUUGGGCUCGCCUUGAUUGCCUACUAUCCCAAGGAAUCAGGAUGCAGUAUCAGGAAGAUUUCCAGCUCCACUACAGUUCUCCUGGGUUGACAAAGACAGGACAUAUUUGCAUUUCUUCCAUCUGGAGAGAAUAACGUUUGCUCUUCAUAUCUACUCGCCGCUCUACUAUACCAAAUGGAUACGUGAUUGAUAUCUACCCAAUCCUAUAGAUCCAGCAGUAUAAACCAAACAGUAUUGACAAACAACCA